UUUACAUGUAAUCACUAGUCCUUCCACUGCAAGAGUUUUUUCUGUUAAUUAGGACUAGGUGAAAACAUCAGUUUCCAGAGUAGUUGUGAUAUUAAUGUGAACACUCCUCAGGUUUCUUUGAAUCCCAAGAUCGAGCUCUUACUGUGUGAAAAAGUGUUCGUGUAGCACUUCCCGUCCUGCUGAUUUCACUGUGUUCUGCUGAACUGACUCACUCCACUGCUUAGUUUGAACCUUGUUGUUAAAUGUUCAAAUGAUCAUUUUUGUAAUGUACAAAGUUUAAAGAUUCCCUGUUGCCCACUUGCUUCAAUGCAAUUGCGCUCUCUUGCUGCUGAAUCUGUGUGCUCAGCUUUCCUAUUAGCCGUUUUUUUUCAAAAACAUGACGAAAGCCUGACAAAAGACUCUUGAGACGCUUUACUGGCUUGUAUUAGUCUGAAAUACUGCCCUGUUUAAUUUUCAGAAUUAGCAGAGAAGAAAUUACCUUUAUAUGUGAAAAUCUGGAAUCUGAAGAUGCAAAAAACUCAAAGUACAGAUAAAAAUCACCUUUAUUAAUGUCCAGACGAAGCUGUUAAAAAUGCAUAUUACUAAUCAAAAAUGAAGUUGCGAUAUAUAUAUAUAUGGCAGAAAAUUUACAAAAUAUCUUCAUGGAACAUGAUCCUUACUUAACAUCCUAAUUGUUUUUGGCAUAAAAGAAAAGUCGAUAAUUUUGACCCAUACAAUAUAUUGUUGGCUAUUGCUACAAAUAUACCCGUGCUACUUACAACUGAUUUUGUGGUCCAGGGUCACGUAUUUAAGCAAAAUGGACAUUAUAACUGAAAUAUACCCAAAUAAAAGAGAACCAAAUCUGAUUGCAUUCUUGUGAAUUUGUUUAAAAUCUUUAUUUAUACCCAGCCCUGCUGCUGUUUGCAACUAAUAGCUAUUUAGGCACAGUUUUAGAAAGCUUACAUUCACCUUCCUCCGUUCUUGUACUGUAUGUAUGCCCAAUUUUCACAAUCCUGCAAAUUACAGCUAACUCGGUCUUAACCAUGUAAAGCCUUGAAAUAAUAGUAAAAAUAUUUAUUUUAGUAAAAACAAAUUGCAUAUUACAUUUUUUUUUUUUUUGAGUGUCAUAUUUGAUGUGACCCUGGACCACAAAACCAGUCGUAAGAGUCAAUUUUUUAAAUUGAGAUUUAUACAUCAUCUGAAAACUGAAUAAAUAAGCUUUCCAUUGAUGUAUGUCGUGUUAGAAUAGCAUACAAUUAGCAUAAAAUCACAAAAUGUCUGUGCUUAAUUUGUAUUUACGUGGUUAUGUUUGUAACUUUCGUCUUGUUGGAUUCAAUUUUUGGCUGAGACACAUCUAUUUGAAAGGUGCAAAAAAAUCUAAAUAUUGAGAAAAUCGCCUUUAAAGUUGUCCAGAUGAAGUUUUUAGCAGUGCAUAUUACUAGUCAAAAAUUAAGUUUUGAUAUACUUAUUGUGCAAAAUACCUUCAUGGAACAUGAUCUUUACUUAAUAUUCUAAUUUUUGGGAUAAAAGAAAAAUCGAUCAUUUUGACCCAUACAAUGCGUUUUUGGCUAUUGCUAUAAAUAUACUUGAGCUACUUAUGAGUGGUUUUAUGAUCAAAACUGUAACUUUAAAAAAACAUGCAAUGCAGUGCAAUACAAUAAUGAUUGAGAGAUCAUAUUUAAUACAUUUGAACGUGACCUUACUAAAAAAAGAAACAAAAAAUAUGGGUAAUCAAGUAAACCUACUCUAGGUUGUUUUAGUCCAGUAAAUGUUACAUCUUGAAAUAUUACAAUACCAACACCAAAUUAUACAAAAAGACUUUUACUUGAUAAAGUAUAAACUUAAUCAGACGACAGAAGGCAUGUAGUAAGGCAACAGGUUUUUCAGCAAAGUGAUUUUAGGAUGAAAUAUUUUUUGUUAAAUAGCCUGUGUAAUUUCAAAACAUUGUAAUAUGAAAGUUAAAUAUCUAUUCAAGGUGGCUUGUGUUAUUGGAUCGCCAGUACUUGUGAUAUGCCUGGACAAAGAGGACACUAUCUGAACUCUGUUAGACCAGUAGAGGGAGUACAGGCGGUAUUAAGAGAUUACGUGGAUAAAACCCAUCUCCAUUCAUCCUUUUUCUGUCUCUCUUCUCAUUACCCGUGUCCAUUAGCACCUCUCAUGGAGCUUUCUGGAUAUUAUGCAUGGAAGUGAUAGUCCAUCAGGUGUUUCUAUAGCAAUCUCUCUUUUUCUUUAAACAUGUACACACUCACUUGCAUUCAGUGCUUUUGCCCCAUACUGUACCCAGGCUGAGGCAAUGCUGAUGACUUGGGGAUGGUGCAGGAGUUGCCAUGGAAACCCCAUAGCUGGAGAGUGUAGAGGUAUAGGCAGGUCGGCUGGGCUUUUGUUAUGGAUGGAGUGUGUGAGUCUAGAGCAACACAAUAGCCCACUGAGACCAACUCACAGGAGAGGGAAUUUACUGGGAAAAUUGUGAUCCAUAAGUACUGUGAGAAAGGUUGGGAAGCAGAAAUAAUAACGUGCCAUGAAAGCAAAGUGAGAGGAACACUCCCUAUUUACUGAUGGGUGUUGGCUGUUCAACAGGUUAGGUAGCAUGUCUAAGUCACGCAUAGAAGGGUUGAGUAUUAAUAUAUAGCUUUAUCCAAAAGAACUACUAAAACUACUAUCAUUUUAAUUUAAAAAAAUACACAGCGUCUUGUUCAGAAAGUUUACUCUCCUAAUGCAUUGUAUUUUUCUUGAGUGACAGUAAAUGUUUAUAGCCUCACCAUGAAGAGAUGGAUGUCAAAAUCACACAGCCACUGUUUUAAAAUGGCUCAGAUAUUCAGAAGAUGCUGGAAAACCAAAGAAUGUGCAGGACCUGGAGGACUUUUCUAAAUAACUGUAAGCAGUUUAACUGCUCUGGACAAACAAAGGAAUUAACAAUUGAUGAAACUGAAAGAAAGAAAGAAAAAAGAAAUGUUUCACCUGUGGAUGAGGGUGUGAAUUUGCUGGUCGGUUGCCCACUGAUCAGUUGCCUUGUGACAAGGAUACUGAGUAACAAGGUUCACUAUGUUGCCAGUAUUUCGGAGUUGACGUUGGAAAGGUGGAGGCUACGUUUUAGUGAUAUUAACCACUCCCUAAAAGUGAUAAUGUUGACAUCAGUGUUGGACAAGUUUGCUGUGUGGGAGAGUAUGGCUCUUGAAAAGUUGACAGGCCACAGUUUUGAGAAUCACUCCUUCAGUGUGUCGUACAUACUGGACGAGGAGGCAGGAAGGGACGGGGGUGUAAGACCCCAGGUCCCGCGAGGGGCAUCUAAAAUGGGGACAGGAAGUCGGGAGCAGGAGUUUGGUCAGCCAGGAGCCACGGGAGGCCCCCAGGGGCCAAGGCAUCGUCAGCAAGACCUGCCUCUACGAAUCCUAGUACCCACUCAGUUUGUGGGAGCCAUCAUUGGGAAAGAGGGACUCACCAUAAAGAACAUCACAAAGCAGACACAGUCCAAGGUAGAUAUCCAUCGUAAGGAGAAUGCAGGAGCAACUGAGAAGGCCAUCACUAUCCACUCAUCUAAAGAGGGCUGUUCACAAGCCUGCAGGAUGAUCCUGGAAAUAAUGGAAAAAGAGGCCAACGACACCAAGAUUGUUGAGGAGGUUCCUCUGAAGAUCUUGGCCCACAAUAGCCUUGUUGGGAGACUCAUAGGAAAGGAGGGCAGGAACCUAAAGAAGAUAGAGCAAGAUACUGGGACCAAGAUCACUAUUUCUUCAUUACAAGACCUGACUAUAUAUAACCAAGAACGUACCAUCACGGUGAGGGGAGGAGUGGAAGAGUGCUGUAAUGCGGAGGUGGAGAUCAUGAAGAAACUUAGAGAAGCCCAUGAGAAUGAUUUGGCUUCACUUAAUCAGCAGACUAACAUGAUGCCAGGUCUGAACAUGAACGCCUUGGGGAUCUUCUCCUCUGGCUUGUCUGCUCUCCCUCCAGCCUCUGGUCUGCGUGGAUCUCUGUCCGGCCCAGCCAACUACAGCCCCCUGCUGGGACCCCCAUCAGUAUUGGGUGGUCUGUAUGGGGUUCCCUCCUCUGGAGCAAUAUCUCUUCAGCAAGGAAGUGCUGAACAGGAAGUGGUCUACCUCUUCGUCCCCACUCCGGCUGUAGGAGCUCUCAUCGGGAAGAAAGGGCAGCACAUUAAAGAGCUGGCACACUACGCUGGAGCCUCAAUAAAAAUUGCUGCACCAGACAAUCCUGAUGAUCCUGAAAGGAUGGUCAUUAUCACUGGACCACCAGAGGCUCAGUUCAAGGCACAGGGGAGGAUAUAUGGGAAGUUGAAAGAGGAGAAUUUUUUCACUGCUAAGGAAGAGGUGAAGUUGGAGGCACAUAUAAAAGUGCCUUCGACCGCCGCCGGACGUGUCAUCGGGAAGGGUGGCAAAACGGUCAAUGAGCUGCAGAAUCUCACCAGUGCUGAGGUGAUUGUACCACGGGACCAGACACCAGAUGAAAAUGAUGAAGUGUUUGUUAAGAUAAUUGGACAUUUCUUUGCCAGUCAGACGGCUCAGCGCAAAAUAAGGGAGAUCGUUCAACAGGUCAAACAGCAAGAGCGGAAACACCAGCAAAUGGUGCCAACACCCUCACAACCAUCAAAAUGAUCAGCAGACGCCAGCGAGCAGCAGCUAAUGAAUGUAGCUCAUGCGAGGACAAAUCGAAAUUCAAGAAAGAUUUCAAGAAAUAGACAAAGGGAGAGUGAGACAGAGUGGAAAACAGACAAGAGACAAAAGCUGAUGAAGUGGACCAGCAGUUUAAAACAACCAAAGACCUUAAAGCACAAAAACAUUUGGUCAUGCAGAUAUGAAUGAGGAUGAUCGAGAGCGUUAUCAGGUCAGAGAUCUUUUUAUGAUCACAGACCUGAUAUUUCAUAUUGAGCUCUUUUUAUUACUGAUUAAGCUGAUGUGAGCAUAUAUAGAGGAUUUGUGUACUGUGAAGUAGACUGCUGGAGGAGGUGAAUGCAAGCUGCAGGUAGAUUUCAUAGGGACUUGCAGGUCUAGUUGUGCAUUAGAUCUACUAAUUUAUUAAGAGAUACCUGUAUAAGAAAUUGCACAACGAUAUGUUAAUAAGAUGCUAAAAAUAAUUCUAUAUGUUUAGUCAACAGAAUUUUAUUUGGAAACUCAUUUCAGGCUAUUUAACGUGAGUAAUCAGAUUUAUUUGUUGACCUUUUACAGUAACUAAUUAGUACAGCAUGGUGACUAAAAACAUUAAGUAAUGUAUGUACAAAGGAACAUACAUGAUGUAAAAAGGUGCUAGCUGUGUGCCAGCAUUUCACUUCCAGUUCCUCUUUUCCACUGCUAAGUCUGAGCGUUUCUUCUCUGCUUGCUGCCCUGUUCUCUUUUCUCUCUUUUUUAUUCAUUUAUUUCUUUUUCUUAAAUGUUUCCCGACUUAUUCGUCACACAAAAUAAGAGCUGUCUGUGUGCCAACUGUAAGAAAAAAAAAUGUACGGUCCCUAAACAGAGUAGAUCUAGAUCACUGGGAAUCUAAUGCUGAUAUCCUGUACUCCCCAUUUAUGAUAUUAUACACACUCUUAAUAUUAACAGAAGAAUACCAUUCAAAGGUUUGUGGUCAGUAAGACUUUUUUUUUUUUUUUUGAAAGAAAAUUUUUGAUUCUGCAAAGAUGCAUUAAAUUGAUCAAAAGUGAAAGUAAAGACAUUUAUAAUAUUGCAAAAGAUGUAUUUUGUAAACUUUUCUAUUAAUCAGAAAAUCCUCAGUUUCCUCAGUUUAAAAAUUAUGAAGUUGUACAACUGUUUUCUUGAGCAGCACAUUAGAAUGAUUUCUGAAGGAUCAUGUGACACUGAAAAUUCAGCUUUGCAUCACAGGAAUAAAUUAUAUUUUAAAAUAUAUUCACAUAAAAAAAAACAGUUGUUUUAAAUUCGAAUAAUAUUUCAGAAUAUUCCUAUUUUUACGGUAUUUUUGAUCAAAUAAAUGAGCCUUGGUGAAAGACUUCUUUCAAAAACGUAAAAAAAAAAGUCUUACCAGCCAUGAAGUUUUGAAUGGUAGUGUACGCAUUUGAAAAAGUGCAAUCUGCACGUUGUUUGUAGGUCCUGUAACAGGAGACCUUUAACGUCUUUCUGAAACUCGUGAAUGUAUUUGAUGCAAAUGCCUUCUGCAAACAUGUACUUUCUGUGUAGCAAACAAAACUUCUCUUUUUCCCCCAUCUGAUUUCACAUGCUGAUUCACAUGUGAUUGCAUUAGGAAAUGUAAGCAUAGGCAGAGACGACGUAAAUGUCUAUAAAUGCGUUUUUGACAAAAGAGAAGAGCAAAGCCAAGACAAAGUGUGUUU